GUUCGUGUCUGCGCAUGCUGCGCGCCGAAACGAGAAAAGCGGAGCAGUUUGGUGACUGCUUGGAAAACGGCGAAGUCAUUUUAAGCUUCUUUUGAAACGGUGCUUAUUUCGAACGGCCAGAACGAUGUCGGCGAGAUAUGACAGAGCAAUCACGGUAUUUUCGCCGGACGGCCAUCUCCUCCAGGUGGAAUACGCUCAAGAGGCUGUCAAGAAGGGCUCGACGGCGGUUGGUGUACGUGGCGCCGAUGUGGUAGUCUUAGGUGUUGAGAAGAAAUCUGUUGCUAAAUUGCAAGAAGAACGUACAGUGCGCAAAAUAUGUCUCCUAGAUGAUCAUGUAAUUAUGGCUUUUGCAGGUUUAACUGCCGAUGCAAGAGUAUUAAUUAACCGUGCGCAAGUUGAAUGCCAGAGUCAUAAGUUAACCGUAGAGGAUCCUGUUACCUUGGAAUAUAUUACGAGGUAUAUCGCAGGAUUAAAACAAAAAUAUACACAAAGUAACGGCCGUAGACCUUUUGGAAUAUCCUGUCUCCUAACUGGAUUUGAUUAUGAUGGUAUACCACAUUUGUAUCAAACAGAGCCAUCAGGGAUAUAUUAUGAGUGGAAGGCGAACGCAACAGGACGCAGCGCUAAAACUGUGCACGAAUUCUUGGAAAAGUAUUAUACUACAGAGGAAGUGUCGACAGAAAGAGGUUGUAUAAAACUAGCGAUUAAGGCGUUGCUUGAAGUAGUUCAAUCUGGACAAAAAAAUUUGGAAAUAGCAGUAAUGCGACGCGGGCAGCCACUACAGAUGUUAGAUACAGACACUAUAGGUGAAUAUGUAACAGAAAUAGAAAAGGAGAAGGAAGCAGAGGCAGAAAAGAAAAAACAGAAAAAGUGAUGCUUUUGCACCCCCAUUGUGCACUUCUAUAUUGUAUCAUUAUUAAUUUUUAUUAUAAAAUAAACCAUUUGGAAAUAGGAAAAAAAA